AGUUUCAGCUGCCAAUAAAUUACAACCACCAUCGCAAUCACUCAUACAUAUAUACACUCGCAUGCAUACAAACACACACAUACACAUAUACAUAGUGAAAGUGUGAGAGAUAGAUAGAUAGAUAGAUAGAUAGAUAGAUAGAUAUAUAGGUCGACAGACAGCUAGCUAGCUAGAUAGAUAGAUAGAUAAAUAGAUAGAUGGAUAGAUAGAUAGAUAGAUAGAUAGAUAGAUGGGUGGAUAUAUACAUACACACAUACAUACAUACAUAUAGGAAAAGAUAUAAAUUGAUAGAAAGAUUGACAGUUAUAUAAAGAGAGAGAGAGAGAGAGAGAGAGAGAGCGAGAGAGAGAGAGAGACUGACAGAGAUAUAUGAACGACACCUUCACCAAGUUGUAACAAGUUAAAGCGAGAGAGUAAAUUCUAUCACUUGGUUGUUAACCAACAGAACUCAAACCACAGCAACACUAAACAGCAGCAACAAAACACAGCAACCGUAUCUUCAAAACAGACACCAACCAACUCCAACAGUCAAAAGAACGCUUACUAAAAGAAGGAAAAAAAAGAAGAAAAAUCAGGCAAAGCACUACACCAUAACUGCAGUUGCACACACCUCCGCCUUUUUUCUUCUUAGUAAUUGCAAUUAGUAAAAAGCAAUUACCCACACACAAUACUUCCACUAGAAAAGAAUAAUGAAUAAGCAUGAAAAAAAAAACAAAAUGAAGUAAUUACAAAACAGUCAUAUAAAUAAAAUAACUGUUUUUAAUAUAAGCGCAAGACUUGACAUUUGAGGGGAGGAAAAGAGAGAAAGAGAAAGAGGAAGUUAGUCGAUUAAAUCGGCCCCGAAUAGUUGAUUGGUACUAUUAUUUUAUCGAUCCGAUCUCUCUCUCUCUCCGGAAAAAGAUGAAAGGCGAAGUUCAUCUCGGCUGGAAUUGAACUCAGACAUGUGAAGUGGCGUGGUGUGCCGUCGCUAAAAAUAAAUAAAUAAAUACCGCAUGGUAAUUCUUUUUUCCAACGCUCUAAGAACGAUUCUUUACUAUAUUACAAAACUCAGAGAAAUACGAAACACAAAAUUAAAUAAAUAAAAUAAAAAUAAAGACCAAACGCCAAUAAUAUCAGCCAGCAGCAGCAGCAGCAACAAUAACAACAACAAUAACACGAGCAUUAGCAACAACAUCACAACACAACAAACCAGCCUACAACAGUAACAACAUCAAUAACCUUAUAACAUCACCACCACAACCACCACCACUCUCAUUACUACGGCUACCACUGUUGCUUCACAACCGGACAUUACUCUCAACUUUUACUUUGAUUUCUUAGGAAUAUCUCCCUCCUCUCAUUCUUUUCACUUUUAUUUAUGUAUUUCAUUUUCCCCCUACUAUUUUCAAUUUUCAUUUUAUCUGUUAAGCGAGAAACCAGGAACUUAUCUAUCAACAUCGGCUGGAUUGAACGGGCUUUUUACUUACCAAUUGAAAGGAUUAUUGCUAUAUUAUAAUUUAAUAUUAAUUUAAUUGUUAAGAAUAUUGCACACACACACACACACUAUACACACGUACACUAUAUAUAUAUGUAUAUAUAGGUACACCCACAUACACACACACACUCGUAUAUACACGCACAUACGUAUACACUAACAACAGCUUCCUCCUUACACAUUUAACCCUCCCUCACUCAUACAAACGCACACACACACACACAUACACACACACGCUCGCUCACAUACAUACGAAUACAUAGAUCCAUACACACACACACACACACAAAUUCGUAAAUACAUACACACACACAUAUAUGUUUUUAUAUUCAUUCUAUGUGCUAAACAUUGGAGACUAUCUACGACGAUGAUGAACCGGUGCAAAGACACCAAGAUACCCCCCCAGAGGGGUGAAAAGGGGAAGCUUUUUAUUGGUCGUUUAAGCUGGGAGACUCGUUCAGAAACUCUCUUGAAAUACUUUAGUCGCUAUGGAGAAGUUAUUGACUGUAUUGUGAUGAAAAACAAAGACACAGGAUGCUCCAGAGGAUUUGGCUUUGUUACAUAUAAAGACCCAAAAUGCGUGGAUUUAAUUCUGUCUGGAGAACCGCAUAUCAUAGAUGGGAGACAGUCACAACAGCACUCCCGCAAUGAAUUCAUAUGCUGUGGGGUCUCCUGAUGAAAUGAACACACGAAAUAUGAUCCACCAUGGAUACUAUGGAUUGUACUGAAAUCAUUCCAGGAAUAUAGACUAUGAUUGUUAGAAACGUGAUUUGUAGAAACAUGUAUAGUGAUGCAUUAAAAUAUUUAUAAAUUCCAA